GCCGAGACCCUUCGUCAGGACUGACUGAAGGAAAAAUUAACUUUGAACAAAGAGCGCAACACAGCGAGGCCGAUGAACAGAACCUCCAACGCAUGCCUUCUGGGCGACUGAGAUUUCUAGGUUCCUCUUUCUGAUCUGCUGACUGUUUAUAAAGGAGAGGGAAGCAAUUUCCCGAGUUCAGAAUCUUGUGGACAGCAAAACAUGACUUACUUGUUAACGAUACUCACCUUAGUGCUUCUGAACGUUCAACAGAUUGUUCGUUCGCAAGCGCCUACUGUGAGACUGAUUGGCGGGAACAAUCGCUGUUCCGGGAGAGUGGAAGUUCUCCACAAUAACCAAUGGGGUACGGUUUGCGACGACAAUUGGGAGAGAGCAGACGCGGAGGUUGUUUGCCGACAACUUAGGUGUGGUUCGCGUGCAUUUGCGUUUGAGAAAGCACGUUUCGGGACUGGCCAAGGGAGAAUUUGGAUGGACAACGUGGCCUGCCAAGGUUCUGAGACUCGACUGUCUGAAUGCCCCUCCCGGGGAUGGGGCGUUCAUGAUUGCACACAUAGUGAAGAUGCAGGUGUUACUUGCCAAUCAGAACCUGGUAUAAGGCUGGUAGGCGGCAGCGAUCGCUGUUCAGGGAGAGUGGAGGUGCGGCACAAUGCACAAUGGGGAACGGUAUGCGACGAUGGAUGGGGAACUGAAGACGCCAAGGUUGUCUGCAGGCAAUUGGGCUGUCCCUCUGUCGCAGUAGCAAGAGGAGGGGCGCACUUCGGGCAAGGCAGUGGGAAUAUCUGGAUGGAUGAUGUUGCGUGCAAUGGGCAGGAAUCCACCCUUUCGGAUUGUUCCUUCGGAGGAUGGGGGAUUAAUAACUGCGGUCACGGAGAAGAUGCGGGCGUGAGUUGUACGGAAGAGCCAGAGAUCAGGCUAGUAGGCGGCCGCGAUCGUUGUUCAGGGAGAGUGGAGGUGCGGUACAAUGCACAGUGGGGAACGGUAUGCGACGAUGGAUGGGGCGUUGCCGACGCCAAGGUUGUCUGCAAUCAGUUGGGCUGUCCCUCUGGCGCAGCAGCAAUAACGGGGGCUCGCUUCGGGCAAGGCAGCGGGAAUAUCUGGAUGGAUGAUGUUGCAUGCAAUGGAAAUGAAUCCGCCCUUUGGGAAUGUUCCUUCCGAGGAUGGGGGAGUCAUAACUGCGGUCACGGAGAUGAUGCGGGAGUGAAUUGUACAGAAGAGCCGGAUAUAAGACUAGCAGGUGGCAGCGAUCGUUGUUCAGGGAGAGUGGAGGUGCGGUACAAUGCACAAUGGGGAACGGUAUGCGACGAUGGAUGGGGCACUGACGACGCCAAGGUUGUAUGCAAUCAGCUGGGCUGUCCCUCUGGCGCAGCAGCAAUAACGGGGGCACGCUUCGGGCAAGGCAGCGGGAAUAUCUGGAUGGAUGAUAUCGCAUGCAAUGGAAAUGAAUCCGCCCUUUGGGAAUGUUCCUUCCCAGGAUGGGGGAUUAAUAACUGCGGUCAUGGAGAGGAUGCAGGUGUGAAUUGUACAGAAGAACCCGAUAUCAGGCUGGUAGGCGGCAGCGAUCGCUGUUCCGGGAGGGUGGAGGUGCGGUACAAAGCACGGUGGGGAACGGUAUGCGACGAUGGAUGGGGCACUGACGACGCCAAGGUUGUCUGCAAUCAGUUGGGCUGUCCCUCUGGCGCAGCAGCAAUAACGGGGGCACGAUUCGGGCAAGGCAGCGGGAAUAUCUGGAUGGAUGAUGUUGCAUGCAAUGGAAAUGAAUCCGCCCUACGGGAUUGUUCCUUCCGAGGAUGGGGGAUUAAUAACUGCGGUCACGGAGAGGAUGCGGGAGUGAAUUGUACAGAAGAACCCGAUAUCAGGCUGGAAGGCGGCAGCGAUCGCUGUUCCGGGAGGGUGGAGGUGCGGUACAAAGCACGGUGGGGAACGGUAUGCGACGAUGGAUGGGGCACUGACGACGCCAAGGUUGUCUGCAAUCAGUUGGGCUGUCCCUCUGGCGCAGCAGCAAUAACGGGUGCACGCUUCGGGCAAGGCAGCGGGAAUAUCUGGAUGGAUGAUGUUGCAUGCAAUGGAAAUGAAUCCGCCCUACGGGAUUGUUCCUUCCGAGGAUGGGGGAUUAAUAACUGCGGUCACGGAGAGGAUGCGGGAGUGAAUUGUACAGAAGAACCCGAUAUCAGGCUGGUAGGCGGCAGCGAUCGCUGUUCAGGGAGAGUGGAGGUGCGGCACAAUGCACAAUGGGGAACGGUAUGCGACGAUGGAUGGGGCACUGACAACGCCAAGGUUGUCUGCAAUCAGUUGGGCUGUCCCUCUGGGGCAGCAGCAAUAACGGGGGCACGCUUCGGGCAAGGCAGCGGGAAUAUCUGGAUGGAUGAUAUCGCAUGCAAUGGAAAUGAAUCCGCCCUUUGGGUAUGUUCCUUCCGAGGAUGGGGGAUUAAUAACUGCGGUCACGGAGAGGAUGCGGGAGUGAAUUGCACAGAAGAACCCGAUAUCAGGCUGGUAGGCGGCAGCGAUCGCUGUUCAGGGAGAGUGGAGGUGCGGCACAAUGCACAAUGGGGAACGAUAUGCGACGAUGGAUGGGGCAUUGCCGACGCUAAGGUUGUCUGCAAUCAGUUGGGCUGUCCCUCUGGCGCAGCAGCAAUAACGGGGGCACGCUUCGGGCAAGGCAGCGGGAAUAUCUGGAUGGAUGAUAUCGCAUGCAAUGGAAAUGAAUCCGCCCUUUGGGAAUGUUCCUUCCCAGGAUGGGGGAUUAAUAACUGCGGUCACGGAGAGGAUGCGGGAGUGAAUUGUACAGAAGAACCCGAUAUCAGGCUGGUAGGCGGCAGGGAUCGCUGUUCAGGGAGAGUGGAGGUGCGGCACAAUGCACAAUGGGGAACGGUAUGCGACGAUGGAUGGGGCAUUGCCGACGCCAAGGUUGUCUGCAAUCAGUUGGGCUGUCCCUCUGCCGCAGCAGCAGUAACGGGGGCACGCUUCGGGCAAGGCAGCGGGAAUAUCUGGAUGGAUGAUGUUGCGUGCAAUGGAAAUGAAUCCGCCCUACGGGAUUGUUCCUUCCGAGGAUGGGGGAUUAAUAACUGCGGUCACGGAGAGGAUGCGGGAGUGAAUUGUACAGAAGAGAUCGGUAUAAGACUGGAAGGCGGCAGCGAUCGCUGUUCAGGGAGAGUGGAGGUGCGGUAUAAUGCACAAUGGGGAACGGUAUGCGACGAUGGCUGGGGCACUGACGACGCCAAAGUUGUCUGCAAUCAGUUGGGUUGUCCCUCUGGCGUAUCAGCAAUAACGGGAGCACACUUCGGGCAAGGUAGCGGGAAUAUCUGGAUGGAUAAUGUUGCAUGCAAUGGAAAUGAAUCCGCCCUUGAGGAAUGUUCCUUCCCAGGGUGGGGUAUUCAUAACUGUGGUCACCACGAGGAUGCGGGAGUGAUUUGUACAGAAGAGCUUUCGCCGCAACCGCAAAUCUCCAUCACUCCGGAAUACCCAGUGUAUGUGCAAGGUGAACGCAUCACUAUUGUCUGCACUGCUUCACGCCCUAAUACAGUUGGUCAGUUUCAGUUGAUAAAAGACUCCGUCACUCUCAUCAACAGCACAACAAACCAAGGGCAGUUCGCCUAUGAUAUUGGAAACCUGUCCCAGUCCAAAGCAGGCAACUAUACGUGCGUCAUGUUCUCGCAGAUCUCCGGUCGAUGGAUCCAUUCACCUGCCAGCUAUCCUGUUAGCGUACUUGUCACAGAUGCUACGCCUGGACCCCAAAUCUACAAAAGUCCUGAUUAUUCGAUCUUUCUGCCAGGGGAAACAGUCAACAUAACCUGCGUUGCAGAACAUCCCGUUGAAAUGGGGCUGCUUCGGUUAACGAAAGACACCGUCCCUCUCAUCAACAGCAGUGAACACCAUGAACACCGACGAGAUGUCUCUUAUAUCAUGAAAAAUGUGAGCAAAGACAUGGCUGGCGUCUACGCCUGCGUUCUGCUUACACAAAUAUGUGGUCGAUGGAUAACUUCCCCUGACAGCCGACAUGUUCGUGUUAUAGUCACAGAUCUUCCAACUCAGCCCAGAAUUUCAAAAAGUGCGGAAUACCCAGUGUAUGUAACUGGAGAAGCAGUUACUAUUUCUUGUGACGUCGCGUGGCGUGGCUCACGAGGCCAAUUUCAGUUGUUGAAGGACUCCGUCUCUAUCAUAAACAGCACUGUAAACCAAAAGUGGUUCAACUAUCAUGUUGAAGCUGUCAAUGCUGACAGUGAAGGGGACUACGCUUGUGUCUUUCUGAUAAUGGAAUCGGGUCGACUGAUACAUUCUUCCAUCAGCCAUCACAUUCGAAUAAACGUCACAGAUCGCCCACCACCUCCAACAGUCUCGCUCAAUCCUAAUUAUCCCAUAUAUCUGGAAAGAGAAGAAGUCAACAUUACGUGCCAUGCUCCGAGCCUUCACAGCCAUGACCAUCUCCAAUGGCUCCUACGUUGGAAAUUUGAAGAAACAACCAGAAACAUGACACAACAACAUGUUAGUAAUUCAUUCACCGUGGUAAAUAACAGAAAUGAAGGAUAUUAUUCGUGUUUAUACGACCAACAGAUAUCGGGGCGUUGGGUAACAUCUUUCCCUAGUGACGUCGCGAAAAUCCAGAGGAUAAAGCUAACGACUGGUCUGUAUUUCGAGCGCCAGUCGGGUGUGUAUAUGAAAGGAGAAACAACUGCUAUUACGUGUUUCGUCACUAGCCAAAACAGUGCCCACAAUUUCUUGUUCUACAAAGGAAAUGCAUUGUUGCGAUCAGUACAUGUUAGCUCGUCUGAUCAAAUGGUCUCGAUCGUUAUAAGCAAUAUUUCUGACGCAGACAAAGGCUCUUACUCCUGCAUGUAUGAAGUUAUCAUUUCUGGACGGCGGUUGCAAUCAGACGAAAGUAACACAGGCUUAUUAGCAGUAGAAGAACUGUCGGUACCAACUUUAUCAGUGCAUUCAACAGAUGUUGAAAUUGGCGGAGUCAUCAAGUUUAUCUGCACAUGCCCAGGUGUCUACCCGGAAAUCACAUUCAUCUUGCAGAAAGCCGGCGAAGAUAAUUCCGAGUCACGGGUUAUUUCCGGCAGAAACCACUCUGUCACCUUCGACAUUAGCAACGUGACUCUUUCUGAUGAAGGAACGUAUUUCUGCCGAUAUCAAGUCGUUUUUAAUGGAACUGCGUUGUCUUCAACCUCUAGCUCUCCUCUCUUGGUAACUGUAAAUGUCAAAUCCUGGAUCAAGAUAACAUACGGACAUAUAUAUAUUAUCGCAGUGGGGGUGCUGGUAAUGAUCGCAGCAGCAACAGCAAUAAUAAUAAUUAGCAACAACAAAAGAAAAGCUUUUGGAUACAAUUUAACUGACCUAAGCGAAUCCAAGCCUUGCUCCACGGCAGAGACAACUUUCUGAACCUUGAACGUUCUGUCGAAAAAGCAGUCUGAAUCAUUAUAUCUCUUUCCGAGGACUUCCGAGAUCUAACAAUAUUCCAGUAUUCAGUCCUCUGCUCUUCAAUAGCUUCUGCCUCCCGCCACAUCAAUUAAUACAAAUUGAGGUUGGUUAAUCAUUUAUUUGAAAGUCGAACAUUUGAUAGACUCAAUAACACGAGUAUGUUUCUUAGAUUUACCUGUACAAUACGCAUAUGCUUGUCUUGACAAUAAAAAAAAUAUUUUAAAGAUAGUGA